ACCAAGGAGCGCCACCGGAGGGCGCCACCGGAGGGCGCCACUGAGAGGCGCCGCCUGCCGCUGCCGCCUGCCGUUGCCGGAAGAUCCGGGUCGGGGCGGCCUCACUGGCUCUGGCAGGGGACAGAGGGCACCAGUAUGUUAAUGACACGGCUGACUUCCCAGGUGCUGAAGGCCUCACGAUUCACAGGCUGCCUUUUGCCACGGUCAGUGUCUUCCUUGCUUUGCCAUCACUCUGUGACUGCACACUAUAGCACCCAGCCCCCUAACACGAAUGGAGCCCAGCCUCAGCAGUGGCAUGCUCUGGACCCUGAGCUGGAGGAGAUGCUGAUCCCCAGGAAGCUCUCCAUCAGCCCCUUGGAGAGCUGGCUGACGGUCAGGUACUCCCUGCCGAAAGCAGAAGUCCUGAACGCUCAGGAGGAAGUGAGUGAUGAACCUCCCCAGACUUACAGCUGCCCCCCAUCUGCUGAGGGAGGUGCUGUGGGGGAAGGAGAAGGAGCAGUCAGCAGCACGGUGCAGUGCAAGAACGUCCUGAAGAUCCGCAGGAGGAAGAUGAAUCGGCACAAGUACAAGAAGCUGCUGAAGCGGAGGAAGUUCGUACGCAGGAGGAUAAAGGAAGGGCGCAAGAAGCGGCGUCAGAUCAAAUUUGAGAAGGAUUUGGAGCGCAUCUGGAGAAGAGCUGGUUUGAAAGCUCCUCCCUCAGGAUGGCAAACACCCAAGAUAUUCCUGAAAAGUUCCAAGAGAUAAACACACCUGUACUGAGUUGUCAUUAAAGCAAUAUUUAAGUA